CAUCAUCCACUGCGGACAACUCAGACACGUAUUCGUGCUACACCAACUGUGGUACCCAAUGGAAAUAUCCACCCAAGAUGUAGCAUUCCCGAAGCUGGCCACCAUCCACCUGCACGACCUGCCAGUGCUGCAGCAGAUAUGCGAGGUCAAGAUGGUGGCACCAAAUCUCAAGACCAUCAAGAUCAGAGGAUGUUGGGCCCUGCGCCGGCUUCCGGUGGUGGGGACCCGUAGCGGAGACAUGAAGAAGCCAACCGCCGAGAUCGAGAAAGACGUCUGGGACGCGCUUGAGUGGGACGGGGAGGUGUGCCCCGACCACUUCGAGGCGCCGCUGCACUCACGCUACUACAAGAAGAAACUGCCCAGGGUCUCCGUGCUCAGGUGAUCCUUGCGCUGCGCUUCACCGAUGUGGUUCUUCCAUCCUUAAUGGGAGACCAGAUGGACGCCCGAUCCUGC